AUGUCUGGCAUCGAGGAGAUCCCCCGCACCGAGGCGCCCGCUACCACCGGAGCGCCCGCGCCCUCCGCUGAGACCACAUCCACACCGGUCGCUGCGGCUACGGAGCACAAGGAGGAGCACAAGCCCGGCUUCCUGCACAAAGUCAAAGAUGCACUCACAGGCGUUCACCACCACGAGCACGCUCAUGGCGAGAAGCUUGAUCCCACCACGAUGGCCCCCGAGGAACGUACGGGCACGAACCUCGCAGCGAAGCAGGAGCUUGGCCUCACCGAUCCUCACUCCGCUGAGGGCUAUGGCACGGGCGCGAGCCUCACGUCCGCCGCCGGAGGCCCCGGCAUGAAUGUGCCUCGCUCGCUUUGA